CACGAGCUUGCGAGCUGCUGUCAGAUUUUGCCAAGCUCUUACCUGGGUGAUUAGGGGGACCUCGCCUGAUGCCAUGUCCUAGUUGUUGUAGUGCGCAGGCUGCCACCCAAAUUUAGGAUAUUUUACAACAUUUUUAGAGGCAAUGACCAGACCUCUCAUACGUUUUUCAGGAUUAACAGUAGCUUAUUAUCUACACAACCCCAAUGGCGACCGAUUGCACGCAAGAAACGGUGUUAAGGUUCCUAAUGGAGAGAGGAGGUACAGUGAAGAACCUGGAACUGAUUGAUCAUUUCAAAGCUGUUUUAACGUCAGAUCCAAAUAACAAAGAUAUGAUGAAGGAUGCUUUUAAAAUGCACGUGGACAAUGUAGCAUUUGUGAAGCUCGAGAAUGGGACUAAAUAUGUGUGUUUGAAAAAGAAAUACAGGGGUUCUAGACAGGAUAAAAACACCCUGUGUGGAGACAAUGGCAAUGAGAGGAGCGAACAGACAAUUAACGGUGAAAAUGAUGCUCUCACCAAAAAAAUAAUCGUUGGCAGCUCUCUCCACAACAUACCUCAGAUAAACCUCAGCGACUGCAAUAAGGCAUCAGAGCGCUCUUUGGAAUCUGCGGGAAACGAUGAUGCAAAACAAGAAAUACCACCUGGCUCAGGUUACAGAAGUGACAACAGCAGGGAAGUGGAACGGCCACGAGACAGCUCUUCUGGCGGAGUGCAUGCAUCUUCGGCAGCCUUGCUAGUUCCCGAAUCUAACAAUCUUCCGAAAAUGGGGAAUACGAGCAGCUGUACGCCUAUGAAAAAUAUGGACGAGCCGUCCGAUGAAAGACAGCACUCGAGCGACCAGAGCAUACCAAAGAUCGCCGUGAUUGAGGCGUCUCCCCUGCCCGCCGCUUCCGAUGGGACCAUGUUCAGCCUUCCACAACCUGUGUGUUUGCCACAGCACGAUCAGACUUUGUCCGAAGUCGAUGCGUUUGAUGAGCAUAACUCAAAAAAGUAUUCUGAGGCGGUGCCCCAGAACGGACAGGGGCCAGAGAAAUCAUACGAGGACAGUAUAAAAGGUGUCGUGAGGAGGAGAAAAUCUGGAGGGUCCCAGCGCAGUGUGGGGUCCAACAUAUCGGAAGGAAGCGACGAGGGGCAUUUUGACACAACAAGCAUGUCCGGGAGUGACACCAACACCCCGCGAGGCAGCCGUAAAAAUUUUAUUGAGUUGAUGAUGAACAGCUCUCCACAGGUACGACGCAGCAUGGUGCUUAGAAACUCGGUUUAUCUCUCCACAAGGCACAAGGAUUCAAGGAGCGAUAGCGAGACGGGUUCUAUGGUGUCCUCGAUCACAGAUGACGAGAACACCCCGGUCUCCUUGGACCCUAUGGAACAUGAGUGGAUGAUGUGUGCGUCUGACGGGGAGUGGGAGAGCCUGCACCGGCUUCUUGCCUGCGAGCCAACCCUAAUCUCGAAGAAGGACUUUGUCACGGGAUUCACCUGCCUCCACUGGGCAGCUAAGCUUGGCAAGCAGGAGCUUUUGGCCCUGCUGGUGAACUAUGCCAAGCAGCAUGCGGUGCCUAUUAACGUAAAUGUCCGGUCAAGUGCUGGCUACACUCCCCUGCACUUGGCAGCUAUGCACAAUCACGUCGAUGUGGUGAAGCUACUUGUAGGGGCUUACGAUGCAGAUGUGGAAGCCCGAGACUACAGUGGGAAAAAAGCUUGUCAGUACCUUCCCAAAAGCGUGGCUCGGGAAAUAUGUGAGAUUACAGGGGGGCAUGGGGAGUCAGACACAGAGAACAAUGACUAUGGUGAGGGCACUCGAUGGAGGCUGUCAAAGGUCCUCCAGUCUAACCUGAGGCCCCUGAAGUUACUUAACCACAGUGAGGAGGAUGUCCACGACGGUGCCAGCUCUGCCAGGGCAAAGCCUUUGCGCAGGAAGUCCUCGCUGAGCAAGAUGAAACCCAAGAUGAACAAGAUCCGCUUCAGGACACAGAUAGUUCACAGCACCUCGUUCAGUGACAGGCAGCUGAGCGAGGUGGCUCACCAUAAAAGUCCACCUCGGACCAGGCCCAUGUCAAGCCUGUUUGGGUGAGCCGAUAACAGAUCAAAACCAGCCUAUUUACAUUCUCUCACAUUCUCACUGUGGGUUGAGAAUGUAGUAUAUGUAACAAAUCUGCUUCUUAACUGUGUCCUUUUUUCAUCAUUGCUUUAGGCUACUUGAAAUGUACUUUAACUUUCAACAAAGGUCUAACAGUAAAGCCCUCUAAGCCUAUGAAAGGCUGUAGUUGUAUGAGAGUAGCCUACAGGGAAUUAAUUUCUACUUGGAGUAACCUUAAUAUCUGGAACCUUUCAGAAUAGUGGUGCAACAUUUUUUGCAAAUUUGAAAUCUCUUUGGCAGGGACCAUUCCCUGGUCGGUGAGCUUAUAACCAAAGCUUACAUGUAAAGGGCCCCAUUGGACCUGCUAAGUAGCCUGGAUCACUGACAAAGGAUUUCAGUGUCACACGGUCACAUGUUGUGUUAAAUCACGCUGUAUUUUGUAACAAGGUCUUAAUCUAAACUAAAGCCCUGGUGGACUGCAGGCCUCCUACUGAACGUUACCACUGCAGGCCACAGCAUGUCAGACAGGAUGAAGCUGAGUGUAAUAAGACUAGGUUACUCUACUGAUAAGAGACUGAAUUACUUCCAAACAACUGCACAAGACAUGUGCAAAUAGAGAGGUGUGUGGAUUGAAAGACACUAUGAAUUACUAUGCUUGAUAAGAAGAAUGAUGUAGAGAUUUUGGCAGCUUUAACAUUGCUAAAAGGUGUUAUAUGACAUUUGAUUUGAUGUUGAAAUUCAACACAUCAGAACACUACCAAUAUCUCAUAUUCCGAUCAGUAUCCAGUAUGUGGGCACAAUGAGAGAACAAUCUGAUAGCUUUGCUUGCUUUACUAUGCCUGUAUAUUUAAAACCAGCACUUAAAGUAUCUGCCUACGCUGGGUAUUAAUCUCACUGGGCACUUUUCUGCUCAAGGGCUGCAUUUCUCAGUUCUCAGUCCUGAUCGGGUAGCUGUAGGCUGUUUUGCAAGACUUCUCUUUCAUUAUUACACGUGUUCCGUGACAAGUUCAUGGCAUUUCUGAUGUUGUUGCCCCAGCAAGUUUGCUCACCUCACUCUCUGUCGGGUAUGUCACCGGCAAGCCAAAGCUUGCUGAUGGUGAGGGAUGGGAAAUGGAAGGAAACCUCUGCAGAAUCAUAUGGGGUUGAACUGAGCGCACUAUCCUAGCACCAUCAGAUGGCUGUGCUGUGUUUGUCUCAUGGAGGUCCCUAUAGACCCCCCGCUCACUGCCCCAUAGUGCACUGUGCAGCCAUGCAGUCAACAACACCCCCACCCCAUCCCAGCCCCAGACCUAGAAACGCCAUGUUAGCAGUUCUCUCAUUAAAAAUGCUGCCUGCAUUGUCAAGCUUUCAGUAAUUGAGGGGUAGGGGUGACGGGGGGAGGGGAGGGUGUGGGGAGUGGUUGUCUGGCACAGAAUUCUGAAUGUCAGUUCUUAAAGGCAUAGUCCAUGAUAUUUGGUGUUUUGUACUUAGAUGUUAGUCGUAAUGUUAUUUAUUAUAUCGUCAUCACAUGGAAUUACAAAUUGUUUAUUGUGGCGUGCUUUCCACUGAUUUGUUUACUUUUUGUUACUGUUUGCCGCAAGAUCUGUACUAGGGGAUUUGUCAAAACACAGGAAGAAUGUUUUCUCCCCAUUUAAUAUUACGCUGCACACCCAAGGACAAACUACACUAAAUGGAGGGGGAUUAAAAAAUAUAUUUUUUGAAAUCAGUUUUAUAACAUGUCAAUUAAGGUAAUUAUUUAUAGUUUUAUUUAUGUGACCUGUUAUAUCAAAAACACUGCCCGUGCAAACUGGACACAACAAUCACUUUUGGAAUUUUAAUUGAUUUGUUUCUUUUAACAGCACAGUUGAUUUGCUCUCAUUCCUGCAUUUUUAUUGUGUUCUUUUACUCAUUUCCUGCAUAUUGUUUAGAGUAUUAAUAUAUUCAAUGUCCAUAAAUAUUGGUGCAAAUGUUUAUUGUUAUUUUUUUUUAUAUUUCUACACAAGAUGUGUUAUAACACUCACACUGUAAUAUAUAAGUUGUUACAUAUUAUGUGAAAUAGUUCACAUAGCUUCUUUGAUGAGGGCUGGUACCUAGAAUGCCAAAUGAUAAUCUAUCUCAGGAUUUUUUUUUCUUAUCAGAUUGUCUUGGGUUUACAUGUAAACAUUUUGAUAUGCCACUAGCAGACAUCUCAAAGUAGUCUUCUUUUGAGAAGCUCUCCUGAGAACAAGCCUAGCUGGAACAACUGGAAGAUUUUUUUUAAACGUAGGCCUAAUUCUGCUGUCAUCUGUACGGUUGAACAGAAUAACACCAUGAUAACAUUUGAAGAGUGAAUCUUGAAAUAAAGUUUUAUUAGGAAAAAAA